AUCGCUGCAACAACUAAAUCAGUUAACUGUGAUAGUGCAGGCAACGAAGCUGAUGUUAUCAAAGAUAUUCUUUACACCUAAGAUGUUCUGUAAGGUGUAAUAUCUGCGAACACCGCACUUAAGAAAUUGCCUGACAGUUUGUAAGACACAAGACAAUUUUAUGUAUUAUGCCAAUUAUAAAAAGGACUACCCCCGAUACUGUGCAGCAGCAGUGAGUUCUUUGAGUUAAUUUCCAAGAGGACCCUUUAUAAGAAGCCCCUUCACCCGAGAGGGAGGUACUCUUGUUCUGAGAUAAAUAGUGCGAGAGAAACCAAAGGAAGAGAAAAGAGGGCAAGCAAGACUUGAUGACAACAGCCUUUAAAACAUAUCAAGUAUGGCAGAUGCAAAGUUUGCAGCAGAAUUCCUGCAGGCCCACAAUAAAUACCGAAGGAAUCAUGGAGCACCUCCUCUUACAAUGGAUCCCAAUCUAAACCAUUCUGCUCAGGCAUGGGCUGACAACCUGCUAUCGAUUAGAACCCUAAAACAUAGCAAUGCCAACACUGGAGAGAACCUGUAUUAUACAUACAACUCAUCACCCCAAAGACUUGCAGGAGACAAACCAGUGGAAAACUGGUACAAUGAAAUUAAGAACUAUAACUUUCAGAGACCAGGAUUCAACUCUGGAACAGGCCACUUCACGCAGGUGGUAUGGAGGGACUCCAAGAAGUUAGGAGUUGGAGUGGCCACAGAUGGGACUACAACUUUUGUGGUGGGCCAAUACUUACCAGCAGGCAAUAUCAGCAAUUCUGGCUACUUUGAGAGGAAUGUCCUACCACAGCAAAGUGCCUAAAGAACCCAAAUAAUCCAGGGGUGAAGAAGCAUUUUAGUUAAAGUUUGUUGAAUCAUUAACGCAGAAAAUGUUGAAAAAAUGCAGUAAUUAUUAGAUGUAUAAUUAUUAGAUAAAGAACAUUAAUUGGCACUAACAACUGGUUUUUUUUUUACUCUUAGCUUGAUUUCCUCAUAAAAAAGAACAAUAUCUGUAACUUGUUAAACUGUUUCAUUUGUAUUAAUCAAAAUUUUCAGUAGAUGUAUCUAAACAUGUAUCUAAACAUGGGACAUUUAAGAAACAGGAUUCUAUUAAUCUGCAAUAUGAACCAAUAAAAAAAAUUCCAGAGAACUUCUCUUUAAUGAUGUACUGUUUAAGAUGGUAAAGGAUCACAAAAGAAAUGUUUUUGACUUUC